GCAUGUACACGCUCGCUGUCGUCUCACUCCUUCAGCUGCUGCAGCACAGAUUGCACCAGCAGUGUCGGACUCCAUGGCGAUGCCUCGCACGUAACGUCAACUUGUAGUUCCUGCUUUGCCUUUUCCUUGUCCAUCAUGCGAAGAGACCGUCUCCUCUUGGCCGCAUCCCUCACCUUCAUCUUCUCCGCUGACAUCUACUUCAUCCUCCUGCCAAAGCUACGGAGCACCGGAGAAGGAUCGGGACGCUCAUGUUCAUGUCAGCCCAGCAACUUCAGUCAGCUCUCGGACUGGACUUUGACUCCGCUCCAGGAUAUUACUCUUUCACAACCGGACAAUGGCGGGUCCAAACUUGACAGGUUGUUUGCGCAUCCUUUGUAUAACAUCCAGAGUCCCGCGCUGGGACCUGAGGAGAGUCUGCUGCAGGUGGAGCAGCUGAUGGACUACUACAGGAAGAAGGUGUCCCGCUGGGAAAGACACAUGAAGUUAUACAAUGAAGCGGUGGCUGCCUCCAACAUCACUGUAAUGGAGCAUGAAGUGGCCUUUGACCCUGACGCCAGCUGGAUCAAGUUCCACCUGGGAAUAAGUCGCUAUGCUCUCUACUCCCGCCAGGACCCCGCUAUUACACAGCUGCUCUGGGACAUGCGAGACAUGACCGUGGUCAACGCAGAUUACACCCAGGAUGGCAAGUCUUUAAAAGGAGCAUGUGACUGCAGCCAAGUGGUGAAGCCCAGUGGACACCAUCUGAAACUAGCUCUAAAAAUGCAGAACUUUGCCAAGGCCAUGUUCAAGCCAAUGAGACAGCAGAGGGAGGAUGAGACUCCAGAAGACGUCUUCUAUUUUGUCGAUGUCCAGAGACACAACGCGGAGAUUGCUGCCUUUCACCUGGACAGGAUUCUAGACUUCCGCAGAGUUCCACCGGUGGCUGGCAGGUGGUUGAGCCUCACCGGAGAAGUGCUCCAAGUGACCCGAAAUGACGAACUACGAGCGGUUUUCUUCACCUCACCCGCAAACAACACAUGUUUUUUUGCCAAAUGCCUGUACAUGUGUAAGACGGAAUAUGCAGUAUGCGGGACCCCCGACCUGCUGGAGGGCUCCCUGUCUGCCUACCUGCCAGGCCUCAGCAUCGCCCCCCGCAUCUCCAUCCCCAACCCCUGGAUACGCUCCUACUCCUUCACCAGGAAGGAAGAAUGGGAGGUGAAUCCGCUCUACUGUGACACCAUAAAGCAGCUCUACCCUUACAACUCGGGCAACCGCCUCCUCAACAUCAUCGACAUGUCCAUCUUUGACUUCCUGAUGGGCAACAUGGACCGGCACCACUAUGAGAUCUUCACCAAAUUUGGCGACGAAGGUUUUCUUCUCCACUUGGACAAUGCCAGAGGAUUUGGGAAGCACAGCCAAGAUGAGAUGUCUAUCCUGGCUCCACUGUCUCAGUGCUGCAUGAUAAAGCGUUCCACUCUAUUGAGGCUCCAGCUGCUGGCCCAGUCACAUUUCCGGCUGAGUGACGUGAUGAGGGAGUCUCUGCAAAAAGACCCUUUGCAGCCCAUCCUAACCGAAGCACACCUGUCAGCCCUGGACCGCAGGUUACACAAGCUCCUGAGGGUGGUCCAGCGCUGCGUCCGAAGGCUGGGCAAAGACCAAGUCAUCACCAACGACUUUAAACCUCGUGCCGAGGCUCUGAGCAAAAAGAGCAGGUAGCAGAGCGUGAAAGUCACUCUGUUUCUUUUAAGACUUCAUGAUGAAGUGCAGUCGUUUCGAUUUUAAUGGAACAAGCCAUGGAUAGGCUUUGACUCUCAUAAUAUAUGGGGAAUAAUAAUGUGGAAGGACUCUGUAAUCGGAGAUCCAUAGAGAUGAAGCAUGAGAAGGGCAAUAUCCAUCUCAGUGGCCUAGUGGUUAGAGUGUCCGCCCUGAGAUCGGUAGGUUGGAGUUCAAAUCCCAGCCGAGUCAUACCAAAGACUAUAAAAAUGGGACCCAUAACCUCCCUGCUUGGCACUCAGCAACAAAGGGUUGGAGUUGGGGGUUAAAUCACCAAAAUGAUGCUGCCCACUGCUCCCCAAGGGGAUGGGACAAAUGCAGAGGACAAAUUUCACCACAUCUAGUGUGUGUGUGACAAUCAUUGGUACUUUAAUCUAUAGAUUGAUUAAUAGCUGGUUGACUAACAUACUCUGUGAGACAGUGAUGCACUGGAUGGGCGUUUUUGCUUGUGAACAUUUGAACAUAGAUCAUUUUUGUUCAAAGGCGUUUUGAAGUCCUAAGUGGUUUGUGUGUCUGAACUGUGGCGGUCAUAGUUUUUGCAGCAAAAGUUUUUCUUUAACAUAAAUAGAAUACCGUAUUUUACAGACUAUAAGGCGCACUUAAAAUACUUUCAUUUUCUCAAAAAUCGAAAGUGCGGUUUAUAACCCGGUGCGCCUAAUGUAUGGAAUGAUCCUGGCUGUUCUUACAGACCUCGAAGCUGCACUAUAUUGCCAAAAGUAUUUGGCCACCUGCUUUGACUCACAUAUGAACUUGAAGUGCCAUUCCAUUCCUAACCCAUAGGGUUCAAUAUGAUGUCGGUCCACCUUUUGCCGCUAUUACAGCUUCAACUCUUCUGGGAAGGCUGUCCACGAGGUUGCGGAGUGUGUUUAUAGGAAUUUUCCACCAUUUUUCCAAAAGGGCAUUGGUGAGGUCACACACUGAUGUUGGUCGAGAAGGCCUGGCUCUCAGUCUCCGUUCUAAUUCAUCCCAAAGGUGUUCUAUCGGGUUCAGGUCAGGACUCUGUGUAGGCCAGUCAAGUUCAUCCACAGCAGACUCUGCCAUCCAUGUCUUUAUGGACCUUGCUUUGUGCACUGGUGCACAGUCAUGUUGGAAGAGGAAGGGGCCCACUUCAAACUGUUUCCACAAGGUUGGGAGCAUGGAAUUGUCCAAAAUGUUUUGGUGUCCUGGAGCAUUCAAAGUUCCUUUCACUGGAACUAAGGGGCCAAGCCCAACUCCUGAAAAACAACCCCACACCAUAAUUCCUUCUCCACUAAAUUUCACACUCGGCACAAUGCAGUCCGAAAUGUAGCGUUCUCCUGGCAACUUCCAAACCCAAACUCGUCCAUCCGAUUGCCAGAUGGAAAAGCGUGAUUCAUCACUCCAGAGAACGCGUCUCCACUGCUCUAGAGUCCAGUGGCGACGUGAUUUACACCACUGCAUCUGGCGCUUUGCAUUGGACCAUGGAAACCCAUUCCAGGAAGCUCUCUGCGUACUGUGCGUGGGCUAAUUGGAAGGUCACAUGAAGUUUGGAGCUCUGUAGCAACUGACUGUGCAGAAAGUCUUUGCCCUAUGUGCUUUAGCAUCCGCUGACUCCUCUCUGUCAGUUUACGUGGCCUACCACUUGGUGGCUGAGUUGCUGUUGUUCCCAAACUCUUCCAUUUUCUUAUAAAAAAGCCGACAGUUGACUUUGGAAUAUUUAGGAGCGAGGACAUUUCACGAGUGGAUUUGUUGCACAUCCUAUGACAGUUCCAUGCUGGAAAUCACUGAGCUCCUGAGAGCGGCCCAUUCUUUCACAAAUGUUUGUAGAAACAGUCUCAGUGCCUAAGUGCUUGAUUUUAUACACCUGUGGCUGGGCGAAGUGAUUAGGACACCUGAUUCUCAUUAUUUGGAUGGGUGGCCAAAUACUUUUGGCAAUAUAGUGUAUUUUAUUUGGUACAAGGUGUAAUGAUAAGUGUGACCAGUAGAUGGCAGUCACACAUAAGAGACACGUGUAGACUGCAAGAUGACGCCAGUUAACACCACCAAAACUUUAAAUGUUCCUUUGAGAAUAUAGAACAUUACACACGGCGCUCAAAAAUCUGUCAGCAUGUUUUAGUACGACUUUGGUGUACUAGUAGUACGUCUGACUAGUAGUCAACAUACGAGUAAUAUUAUGGUGUGUGUGUAUAAGGAAAAGUGGCACCUAUUAGCAGACAUAUUACCUGGUGUUUUGUUUCGCAAUAUUGGACAAAACCAACUUUUUUUACUUUCUGGUACCUGCUGAUGUGUAUUUGGGAUCUGCAUAAGUCCUGAAAAUGUGCACGUGUCCGCCAUUGUAGUUUGUGCCGAUGCCUUAGUCGAUAAGCUUCUUCCUUUUCUCUAUCUUCUUGUUAUGUGGCAUUCAUCCUCCGCUGUUGCCGUUUCUAAUAUAAAGUAAUGUACAGUCCUAACUUAUAUCUGUCAGUAGUCUCGCUAUGGAAGUGCUAAAAACUACCGGUGUAGUGGGUUUACAUUAUUCACCCACGGAACUUUAGUUAUUAGAGAGUUCCGGUCGGACGGUUUUUCACGGGACACAUUUCCGGCGUUGUUGUUGCACUAGUGAGUCACAAAUGAGGAGAUGCUGCUCCGUUAUUGAUUGAAGUAAAGUCUGAAUGUCAUCAGAACAGUUAGCUCCAUCUUUUGACACUUCAAAUGCGGUAAGUGAAUAGAAUUCCAAUUUGAGCACUGUCUCCAUCUAAAGGCCGAUGUUGGUAACGAUAUAAACCACUCACCCGAUUUAAGAAAUAUUUUUAUUGUGUAAACUGACAUCUGGAACCAUCUAUACCAAAAAAGGAUAAGCAUUAUUACGACACCAUUAUAAAUGCUUAUCGUUCCCUUUUAUUUAUUUUACUGAUUGUUAGCCUAUUCUUCGCCUUUGCUGGAUUGUUUAAUUGAGAAUUAGCACCUUCUACUGGACAGAAUAUUGUAAUACAGUUGUACUGGGGAUAUUUUAUGAAUUCAUUAAUCUAUUAACUGAGAAAAAUUACGGUUUAAAUGUUUUGUUAAAUUUUGUUAUUUUGCUGAAUGCCUGUUUUGAUUAUGAUGCAGGGAAGCUCAUCAAUACAUCUGUAUUACUUGGACUGACAGACACUAGCUCUUAUACUUUACUAGUAAUUAAAAAUUGUAUAUUGCAAAAAAUAUAUACUUUGUAUAAUAAAAAAAUAAGUACAAUAGACUUUUUUUUUUUUUUUUUUACAUUAUAUGAAUACGUUUUGGUUGGCAGAAAUAUUUGAAAACAGACAAAAACGUAUUUGUUAAAAAAAGUAAGUACAGGAUUUGUUUUGUUUUUAUAUUAUACCAAUGUGUUUUGGUUGGAAUAAAUAUUUCAUAAUGAACAAAAAAAAUAUAUAAUGCAAAAUAAAAUAAAUAAAUAAAUAUACUUUGUAAAAAAGUUAAGUACAACAUUUUUUGUUUGUAUGUGAUAUCAAUGUGUUUUGGUCUGCAGAAAUAUUUGAUAGUGAACAAACAAUUAUAUAGAGCAAAAAAAGUAUAAUUUGUCAAAAAAAAUGAAUUAAAAAAAAGAUCAGUACAAGACAUUCUUUGUUUUUAUAUUAUAUCCAUGUGUUUUGGUUGGCAGAAAAAUGUUAUAAUACACAUAUAGUGCAAAAAAUUAUACUUCAUAAAAAAGAUCAGAUAUUUUUAUAUUGUGUUUUGAUUGGAAUACAUAUUUUAUAAUGAACAAAAACUAUACAAUGCAAAAAAAGUUACUUUUGUUAAAAAAAAGGCAUGUACAAGAUAUUCUUUGUUUUUAUAUUUUAUCAAUGUGUUUUGGUUGGCAGAAUAAUGUUAUGAUGAACAAAUAUGGUGCAAAAAAACAUACUUCAUAAAAAUAUAAGUAGAAGAUAUGUUUUAUAUUAUAUUAUUGUGUUUUGGUUGACAAAUAUUUUAUAAUGAACAAAAAAGUAUAUAAUGCAAAAAAAGUAUACUCUGUUAAAAAAAAAAAAGGCAAGUACAAGAUUUAUUUUAUAUAAUUUUAGUGUUUUGGUUGGCAGAAAUAUUUUAUAAUGAAUAGACAAAUAUAUCAUGCAAAAGAAUCUACUUAGUAUAAAAAUAUACGUACAAGAUAUUUUAAAAUAUUAAUGCAUUGUUAUAUUUUUUAUAAUGAACAGGACAAAAAAUCUAGGAUGCAAAAAAUAUGUUAAAAAAAUUGACAACAAUAUAUUUAUUUUUUGUGCAUUAUAUGAAUGUGUUUUGGUUGGCAGAAAUAAUUUAUAAUCAACAGUAAAAAAAAUAUAAUUAUUAUACUUUAUAAAAAAGAUAAGUACAUGUGUAUUUUUAAUUUUGACAUUGUUUUGGGUUGGAAGAAAGGUUCCUUAUUUAAUAGAUAAAUCAAAUGUAUCCACCAUGUGGUUAAAGUACAAAUUAUACACACGCACACACACAUUUAUUAAUAAAUAAAUAAAAAAGAACACUCACAACAACUCUUUUUACUUUUUUAUUGCUUAAACUGCCACCUGGAACAAUCUAUACCAAAAAAGAAUAAACAUAUUUGCACAUAUAGAAGGUCAAACUGAAUACAGGGUAAGUAUAGAAAAAGAAUGGUCCUCUGAUCACCUUGCAGUUCAGCGCACUGCAGGCCCAAAAACCAACCCGCUUGAAGGUCGGGAACCGGCAGGAGUGACUGACAACUACUGUAAGCCCAGGGAAGGUCAGCUAAGGCAAACCGGGACGAUUGCAGCGUGGCUAAAACAUUUAAAACCAAUGCUGAUGUUGCAGCUAUUUACAUUAGUCUGACGUACACCUUUGUCUCUAUCAAAUGGAUGUUUCUUGUGGAGUGAGAUGAACAGGAAGUGACUAAAUCCACAAGGAUCGCCUGAAGGGGAGGGCAACAUGUGAAGAUAAUCCGCUAACGAAAACACAAUCAUGUCCAACCAAGAUGACAACGCUGCAAUCCGAAUAAACUCUAACCUUUUCAGAAACAGCACUGAUGGGAAACAGACAGACAGUGAAGUGGGAGCGACGUUUGAUAGGCCAUCUAAAUAGUCAUGGGGUCAUAAAUCAAAUGUCCACGCUUCUGCACAAAGCUGCAGGGGGCCUGUUGCACAGUAUUUUGUACACACACUGCUGAUCAUUGUAUUGUGGAUGUCAAACAACAUCAUGCUCAAAAAAUUGAAAUAAAAAAAGUGCAGAGAAAAAUCACAAGCUGAUCCAGUUGGCAAAAAAGCUAAGUUUUAAAUAAAUAUCCACACCAGCAACAUGUCUGAUGUCCUGAAAUAUGUUUCUAUACAUUUUAUCUACUUGGGAAGGGGGAGGGGAGGUUGGAACCCAUUUUUACACAAUACAAUUACAUACUGCUGUGUCAAUCAAUCAACAAGAAGCAUUUAUUUACUUUGUGGCACUGGACACCUAAAAUAGAAUUUAUGGAAAAAUAAGUGUUUACAAAAGACAGAGUUUUUAAAGAUCACCAUCACGCCAAACCAUAAGUUUAAUCAUAAUAAUCAUUGCGCUGAUGAUCAUUAACUAGAUUACAAACCAGAGCAUAAGAGUGACCAAGUUAUUUGGUGUGUACUAAAAAAAACCCAAUACUGAAAUACACAAUACUUUUGAGUUUGUUCCCCCCACUUUUUUUUGAAGAUAUUUCUCCUCAAGGCAGUUCUUGUAGAGUUGUUCUAUUGAUUAGGACAAAAAGAGUAAAAAAAAAAAAAAAAAGACUUCCUGUUUUAGGCGCCAAAUAAUAGGUAACAUUUUCCACCUUGUUAUAAACAUUUGGCACCAGCCUGCGAGCUGCACACUAAAACCCGACUUUUUGGAUUCCUCAAUCUGGCUAUCAUCUCGUCCUACUGACCACAAGUUUCAACAUUUGGUCUUCUACGGUCACGCCUGCUGUGUGUGUCUGUGAUGGGACGGGCGGAACAAAUUAGUCAUGUGAGGUUUUUGAUUGUCCUGUCUUUUGAGAGCCCACAUCGAACAUCCUAGCCAUCUUUGCUCUGCGUUGCUUCGAACAAAGCGGGACCAGCAGCUAUAUGACAUAGGGAGCGUGAUGCAACUGUGCCUACACGGUAACGUUACAGCAGCUGGUACAAGCGCUGGUGAACGGCUAAAAAGUCACCCUGGCGUGACAGGUGGUAACCAUGAAAGAAAA